AUGGUGCUCCGAAAAGCUCCACCUCCCGGCAUUGUCGUCCCUCCGCGAGGAACCGAUCAUCCUCAUCCGCGAUCCGCAACGACCCCAACCUCCAACUCGUCGCAAUCAUCACCCAACCGUCUAGUCCGCCCAAGACGGGCGCGAACCGUGAGUACAAGCCCUAGGCAGGUAUCAGUAUAUUCACCCGACCUGAAUACGUCACCUGCGUUCGACCUUAUGUCCCUCGAAGAAGCCCAGCAGAAGUCGCCGAUGGGAAGCUCCUUCAACGACCCCCAGAAUCCGUGGGCGGAAGAAUUGGUCGAGAGACCGGACCCCAAUCAUCUGCCGCCGAACUUACAAACUGGGCCUGUUAGUCAACCACAGGAAGACACUAGGGAGGAGUCGAAGGCGGGCAUCUCUCGUAUUCCCCCAAUCUUGAUGGAGGGGACGGCGCGAAGGCAGGCGGCGGAGGAGCUUCCGCGGAAUCAAGGGAACAAGGAUUCCAGCACAGAAGCACAGCCAGAGACGGGCAAACAGCGAUUGCUAUCCAACAAUCCGUUCCUCCGAGCCAGAAAUCCCAGCACAAACCCGUGGGAUCAGCAUAAUGGCAGUCACCCCGGUCAACCGCAAGGAGCUCCUGAACAGAAUGCAUGGGCCACAAAUGAUGACCCUUUCGGCGAAAGAAUCAGUCAAAGUUCAGGUUUUAUUCCAAUGACGGCACGACUGUCCUUGUUGGAUCAACCGGAGGAUCCCUGGGCCCAGCAGAAUAGUCAAUCAGCACACACGCCGGAAACAUCUACCCAACAUCAGCCGGUUAGCAGUAACAAUGCAUCAACCAUGUGGUCCGCUUCGUCGUUUGACGGCACUGCUACUUCUAGCACAUACUGGGUGGAUGGUUCCACUCAGUCGGCUCAAGAAAGGACGUCGAACGAUCAUGACCAGGGAAAUGGAGUCCAGGGUUUUGAUACUGCCACAAGUGGAAACCCUUUUCAGUCUUCACGACCUGCGGAGCAACCGGCGAUCAACUCACUGGGGUCAGGGGAUGUGGCGAACGGUUCUAACGGCGCCGCGUCGAAUCUAACACCAGCCUCCUCACAGGACCUGUUAGAUUUCAACGAUCCUCCGUCAACGAGCAACAAAGCUGAACCUGUAGAGCAGAAAGCUCCGGAACAACCCGGCCAGAACGAAAAGCACGAACAUACAUCGGUUCCCACGGAAUGUCCUCGAAGUGAUAACCAGCCCUCUAGUGCGGAGCAAGCCUCCGAACCCAGGCAACCUCCACCUACCACUACACCCCUCUCCGAGGCAGAGAUGAGAAAGCAGCUGGAGAAACAGGCAGAGACCUAUGCGAUCCGACAUAUCAACUGGACAGAUCAUUCGGGGCAACUGCGCGAGUCUCCCGUCCUGGUUCAGAACAAGAACGGACCAUGCCCGCUUCUGGCUCUGGUCAACGGGCUCGUCAUGCGCUCUGAGAAAGAUGCUCAGCCACCAAUUGUCAAAGCUUUGCAGACCAGAGAACAAAUCUCUCUGGGUUUGCUCAUCCAGGCUUUAUUUGAUGAACUGACCACUUAUCAUGAUGCUGACGAGGAGCUUCCUGACAUUGAGGCUCUGAGUCGAUUUCUCACGAUGCUACAUACGGGGAUGAAUGUUAAUCCCCGUCUGACUCUGGAGUCUGAGAACGCCGUCGGAUCGUUCCUAGAAACCAACGAUCUUCGACUCUAUGGGACAUUCAAAGUCCCUCUAGUUCACGGCUGGGUUGCCUCGCCUUCUAGUGAAGCUCAUGCAGCACUGAGCCGUGUAGCCCAGUAUCACGAAGACAUCCAACUGCUGCAGUUCCGCAAAGAAGAAUUGGAGGAUCGGGUAAUCCGCGGUGGUUCGCUCAGCGCGGAAGAAGAGCAACUCGUCCGCGAUAUCGACACGAUCCAGUACUUUGUCAACGUCGAGAACGCCACGCAGCUGAGCGCUUUUGGACUCAAUCAUUUGGCACAGACUCUGGCGCCAGGGUCGAUCUCGAUUCUGUUCCGGAAUGAUCAUUUCUCCACUCUCUACAAACAUCCACAGUCGCACCAGCUCUUUACGCUCAUCACCGACGCUGGCUAUGCCGACCACGCUGAGAUUGUGUGGGAGUCUCUUGUCGACGUCAACGGAUCGAACGCUGGAUUCUUCGCGGGCGACUUUCGGCCCGUCGGACACGCUCCCGCCGCGUCGACCAACCCUGCUGGUCAGAGGAGCUCGAGUAAUGCCAUUGCCAACCACACAAAUAAUAUCUCUACCCAACAUACCGAACAGACGGAUGCAGAUUAUGCUUAUGCGCUGUCAUUGCAGUUCCAGGAGGAGGCGCAGCGGGAAAAUGCGAGAAACCGGCGCGCGUCAACACCUUACUACGGGUCGACACCUCGCCCGGCCGCCCACAACCGGUCGUCAUCAAGCACGGUCGGCGGGGGUGGCAGAGGUCGAUAUCGCGGCUCGCUCCAAGACCCGAAUCUGCAGCGGCCGUCGAUUCCUCCUCGAAACGUCCGGAACAUUGCCCCGGCCAUGGGAACCCCUGUUGAUCCGCAUGACGUGGUAGACGACGACGACGAUGCGCCUCCGCCUUCGUACGAGCAGGUUGCGCGCAACAAGGCGUACGAAGCGCAGUCGCAGCGCGGACGACGCUCGUCGUAUGAAGAUAUUACAAACUACUCUCUCACGUCCGGUGCAGAAUACGGACGAUCACCACGGCCACAACAACAACCGCCUUACUGUGGCGGAGGGAGACGACAGCCGGGAUUGGUUGCGUCGAGUUCACAGCAGCAGCAGCGAAAGGAGAAGGGCAAGGACUGCGUAGUAAUGCUACACCAAGCCAGUCAUCGGUCAAUUAGUCUGUUAGACCUGGAUAUGAUAAAAGCUUUUUACGCAUAUCUAUCUAGAUCUAUCUAUGUCUAUAUCCUAACGAAUCCCGUAUAUAGGCAUGAUAUAUGUCUAGAAUUAAAAAAAGAAAGGAAAGAAAGAGAAGAAAAGAAACGAAAAGAAAGAAAAGAAAAGAAAAGAAAAGGCAAUGGGAGAAGAAGAAGUACCUAUCUAUCUACUCCACGCCCUAUAGAAAAAAUGAAAAGAAAGAAGAGACAUAGGAGGUAG